GUUGCUAGCUGUAAGAGCAACCUGCAGCGUGCUACUCUGCAAGCGUCUUUCCUAUGUUAGUUACCGUCUUCUUCGCCUCUCUUUCUACUCUAUGGUAAUCUCCUCAUCCACUCUUUUCUUACCGCGCCUCUUGACUGCUAUCACACCAACGGUGCCGGCCACUGUCAGGCCAUUCAGAGACGAUCGACUGUAGAAGAUGGUAGAUGACAAGUUUUCUAUCAGAAGACGCCGUGUGUGUUCUGUACUGUUUGCAUUGCUCAGUGCCGGCUGUUUGCCUACAACGAGUGCUCAGUGUCCCGGUAACCUGAGAAACAAGAACAUCAUACCUGUGGCUGAGAUACGUCAACUUGAUGACGAAAUAGCAAACGUCAGGAUGCAGCGUGGGCCAUUUCACCUGCCCAGUCUAAAACAGUGUCAGUUACUAGAGAAGAUGAAUAAGAUCUUAGCUGGAGACGAGGAUGGCUCGUUUCGGAUAACAGGCGAUGGCUUAUUGCAUCUUAAUACUACACUGAACAGCACGAAGCGAUCAUUGUAUACACUCCAUCUUUCUUUGCUUGAAAAAUGGAGAGUCGGAGAGGACGAAACCUUCUUGACUAUCAACCAGUCGGCUUGUGUUGAGAUCUGUGUGUGUCCUGGUGCAUCGAAUAAUUGUGUGCCUGCAUCGAGUCCAACUUCUGUUGCUUUGUCUUCUGGUUACGAUGCAUCGACUUCGAUAACAACUUCGACUCUUGGUGGUUCUGUUAUUGUUACUACACGGGAAUAUCUGACGUCAAGUUCGAUGGAAUCUGGUGUAAAGACCGUACCGAUAACAUAUAAUACUAUGACUGAACGUACAACGGUAAUCGAUAGGCAUCUGAAUAGUGUGCGGCCAGCAGUGUCAGACGUCGAGGAACAACUUCGUCUUGUAAUUAUACUCGGCGCGAUGGUACUCGCAGUGGCAGUACUGAUUAUUUUACUCAUGGCACUCCAACUGUAUAAAAAAUCAAGGAAACAUUGGUGUAUGAAAGUGCGUUCGGCACCAGUGUCUCCGCAUGAUAUCGAAGUGUCAACGAAUCAUGAUUUCUCGGAGCCACUGCCUGAUAAUGAGCUGUUUUAUUAUUACUAUACCGACGUGGACAGUCAAGUAGAGACGCCAGGGUUUGUGAGCAGCAAUCGAAGGGAUCGGUAUCAUGUUGAUACUAAGGAGGUUUCACACGGUGAAUGCCAUCGAGAUGUAUAUGAUGCCAGUCAGUUGCGUCGUUUGAGGUUCGUCGCUCAGCGUGACUUGAGUGUUGAGACGGCAAAAUGGGUGGACGAGCAGCGACAGAUUACAGAGAGACGAACUUCAAUGCCGACCGCAUUGGAUGACGUCUCGGUUGAUUCUAGGGACGACGGUGGAGAUUCUCUUCCCGAGUUCUCGUUUAGAUCACUUCCCAGUCAUCUUCUUAUGAACAUUACAGGAGAUAAUAAUAUCAUUUUGACGAACCCGCUUGCUAAAGUUGUGAGUCCACAAGCUCAUUGUUCAUCACGACCAACUGAAUCGCCUGUUUCUUCGUUAGCAAGUUGGGCAGUGAGACACGGGUCUGACUAUGGAUCUCCGGAGUCCCAGUUGCCUCCUGUCGAGCAGUCGAGUUGACAAAGUUGAAUAUAUACUCAGAGGUAGAGAUAUCAACAACUCGUACUCUGGAGAAUGUUUUAUACUGGAUGUUUACGACGAGUAAAUGUAGUGUAGUCGAUUGGAUCUUGGUGGCACGUUGAGUCACUUGAUGUUUUAGUCGUCUGAAACUAUCGAGGCAGUUUAUUAACCAGAGAGUUUAAAUAUCUCUAUUUAGACGUAUAAUUAUUACUGACCUAUCUUGAUUUGAACAGUUUGUCAUUAAUCAAGAUUCAAUAAUUUUAUAUUACAUUGAUUCAUAGCGCUUAA